AUGCCGACCAUCACUGAUCUUCCAAUGGAAUUACUUCAGCACAUCUUCACGGACCUGGUCAUAUUGCACAAAAGAUGGCCUCGUUCUCCGGGCCCACCUCCGACGACUACCUUAAGACUGGUUUGUCGGCAAUGGGCGAAUUGGUUAUACGAAAAAGAACUAUACCGCACGCUGUAUUUCACAACUCGCACUAAAACCUUAGCAUUUAUUGGCCACAUACGACAACGCUCAAAACUCCAGCUACCGCGUGCCAAAUGUGCCCAUUUGUAUGCGUAUCUCACUUAUCACGAGUCCUGGCAUGGGCUCCCCGAAGACGAACAUGAAUAUCGGAUCACCUCUGAGAUGCUAGAAAGCUUGGUCGACCUGUUCUCCGAUACAAUCGUCACGUUGUCUCUAAACUUUUAUGAGUACGUCUCGCUGUCCACUCGAACCGUUGCUGCCAUUGGGCGGAUUGAAAACCUCCUGAAUCUCCGGCUGGAAAACGAACUAUGGCAUCUUCCCGACGAGCGUGUAACGCCGUUCCCAAGGGUAACUGAGUGCUUCAACUCAUUGCUUGUGACAACCCAGCAACUGCGAUCACUACGUCUCGGGAUGCCCUUUUCCCUACCUUUAGGAUAUGGCCCCGCGGCUGGUUCUCAAUACCCACCGAUUACGCAUUUACACCUUCGGCUCGGAGCCGUCAAGAUAACCGACAUAACCACUCUUUCAGCUCUACUCAAGCAUAGCCUCAGAGUGGUUACACUUUGUGAUUUAAGAGUUCUCGAGGGGUUUGAACCACAACUGCUUCUACCCUUUUAUGAAAACAUCAGAGAAACAAUAGAGGGGAUUGGUGUUAGUUCACCUAUCGCACUAGAACCCAUCCUGGGUCUGAGGUUUCCAAAGCUACGGGUCGUCGCAGUUCAAGACUGGCGUGAUUUCCUCACGGAUUUCUUGAGCCGAGAUUUGUUUUUGCAUUCCCCAAUCGAGGUCCUUGCUUUGGAUUCGGAUGCAAAGCGUCAGGUCGAUCCCGAUCCGGCGUGUAAUCCGUUUCAAAACCUGCUCAAGUUGAAACGACUGGUUUUCAUGAUAAUAGACUACAUGUCCGAAAUAUCACCGAGGCUUCGUCGCGCCGGUGAAGCCCGUGGUGUGAAGUGUGUAUACCUUCAUCAUGCGGACAUGUCUGUAAUAAUGAAGCUCUAAUCCACUCGCAGUUUAACUUCCAACCUCAAGAUCUAAACGGAUACCUAUCUCUUAGUUUUGUUUCUGGCAAUGCCCAAUGUCAUGUACCUAACAAAUUU